GGCCGGGCCGGGUAGGCCAGGCGAUGCACACCUCUACUAAGUUACGCCCAAUCAAACGACCAUCUUUAGUUACCGAGUGUUAUUAUCAUUCUUCCUUAAACAACACACUUUUAAGCAAACACCCUGAAUUUCAAAUUUCUCGUCUUUCACGGAUCUGAAUACCUUAUCGUCUGUGCUCGAGAUUUUAUUUUGAGAAUUUUUUUCCCUGGUCCUUUGUUUCAUUUGUAAUUUGCUACAAUAAACUAUGCAGUCCGUACCAUCGCAAGCAAUACGCCCUCUAUCUCACAACGCUUCUUUGUCAUCUUCUCGUCUCCCUUUCUUCUCCUUUUCACUCCCUAUUUUCCACAAAUUCAAAAUCAACCCCUCAAUUUACAAUAAAUCACAAAAAGUUCCUUUGUUUUUGACGCUACGGUGUUGUAGUUCGGGCUCUGUAACUGCCAAGCAUUCUUCGGAGCUUCGUCGGAAUCGUGACGUUCAAGAACCCGACGAAAAGGUUGUUGCUCUUCGCCGGUUAUUUUCGAAGCCUGGAAUUGGUAUUGAUGCCUAUAUCAUCCCUUCUCAGGAUGCUCAUCAGAGUGAGUUCAUCGCUGAAUGCUACAUGAGGAGAGCCUAUAUAUCAGGCUUUACUGGCAGUGCGGGGACUGCAGUUGUCACAAAGGAUAAAGCAGCUCUAUGGACCGAUGGCCGAUAUUUUCUGCAGGCUGAGAAGCAGUUGAGCUCGAGCUGGAUUCUCAUGCGUUAUACCCGUUAUUCUUGCUCGGUUGUUUCUGAUGAUGUGAUAAUUUGAAGGGAUCAGUUUCUUUUUUCUCAUGAUGCCGCAAAAGAACUGAAGGAGGCUAUAUCUAAGAAGAAUCUCGAGUUGGUUUUCUUGUAUGAUUUAAAUCUCGUGGAUGAAAUAUGGAAAGAAUCAAGGCCGAAACCCCCAAACAAUCCAAUUAGAGUACAUGAUAUGAAGUAUGCUGGUUUAGAUGUGGCAUCCAAAUUAUCUUCCUUGAGGGCUGAACUUGUUGGCACUGGUGCAUCAGCAAUCGUUAUAUCCAUGCUCGAUGAAGUUGCCUGGUUGCUGAACUUGAGAGGAAGUGAUGUCCCACAUUCACCUGUUAUGUAUGCGUACUUAAUUGUGGAGGUUGAUGGGGCAAAGUUAUUUGUAGAUAAUUCUAAAGUCACCAAAGAGGUGAUGGAUCAUUUGAAGAAUGCAAGCGUAGAGUUAAGGCCUUAUGAUUCCAUCCUUUCUGAAAUAAAGAGACUUGCAGCUCAAGGCGCUCAACUGUGGCUAGAUACAUCAUCUGUUAAUGCUGCUAUUGUGGAGACAUACAAGUCUGCUUUGGAUAAAUAUUGUUCGAACCAUGGGAGUAAAGGAAAAAUAAAGAAUAAGAGAUAUGAUGAAUCCAAUGGUCUUUCAGAAGGUCCUUCUGGAGUUUAUAUGCGAUCCCCGAUCUCCCUGGCGAAGGCCUUGAAAAAUCCCGCUGAAUUAGAAGGAAUGCAGAAUUGCCAUUUAAGAGAUGCAGCAGCUUUGGCACAAUUCUGGUGCUGGCUGGAAGAGGAAAUUCAUAACAAUGUGGAACUUAUAGAGGUAGAUGUUGCAGACAAACUUCUUGAAUUCCGUGCAAAGAAAGAAGGUUUCCUAGAUACAAGCUUUGAUACAAUAAGUGGCUCAGGUGCAAAUGGUGCUAUUAUACACUACAGAGCUGAAAGAGGAAGUUGUAGUGUUGUGGAUCCGAAUAAAUUGUUCUUAUUGGAUAGUGGAGCUCAAUAUAUUGAUGGAACAACUGACAUAACAAGAACAGUACAUUUUGGUGAACCAACUGCCAGGGAAAAGGAAUGCUUCACCCGAGUUCUAAAGGGUCACAUUGCACUUGACCAGGCAGUAUUCCCCGAAAACACUCCAGGUUUUGUGUUGGAUGGAUUUGCUCGCUCUUCCCUUUGGAAGAUUGGACUUGAUUACCGCCAUGGCACAGGACAUGGUGUUGGAGCUGCAUUGAAUGUUCAUGAAGGCCCACAAAGUAUUAGCUAUAGAUAUGGAAAUACAACUCCCCUACAGAAAGGCAUGAUUGUUAGCAACGAACCUGGUUAUUAUGAAGACCAUGCUUUUGGCAUUCGGAUUGAGAAUCUCCUCCAUGUGCAAGAGAUUAAUACACCAAAUCGUUAUGGAGGAAUUGAAUAUCUUGGAUUCGAAAAGCUAACAUUUUUCCCCAUUCAGGCUAAGUUGGUCGACAUAUCUUUGAUCUCCGAUGAUGAAAUUGAAUGGCUCAACAAUUACCAUUCCCAAGUCUGGGAAAAGGUUUCGCCAUUGGUGGAAGGUUCAGCUCGUCAAUGGCUAUGGAACAAUACACGAGUAAUUCACAAACGGUGAAUCCAGUACUGAAUCUUCCCAUUUGCUUUCAGCCCCAAAAAAUUGAAUUUCCAGAAAUGAAUCCCGUUAGUUUGUUUCCUCCACACGAUUGCUAUUGAUUUGGGGAUCAUUACAUUUUGUAUAAAGCAUAGCAUUUCAAUACAUGUAACCACACAGGCCCCCCUAAUGCAUCAAUCUCCUAGAGGGUAUAUAACUUGAAAGCCUACUUAGGUUGAACUUUUUUGUCACAGAAGUCUGAAACCAAAUGGAAUAGUUGGCCAUAAAUGUGACGAUUUGAAAUUAUUAAUUUCAAUAGAUAUAUAUUAAAAA